AGAGCUACAACUGUCAGGUCAGGAAGAAGAAGACGCCCCCCGUAACGUCAACCGUUGGAGUCCACUUCCACGUCAGGUGAUUUGUUUUUGGAUUGAAGAGCAAAAACAAGUCAGUGAUCCUGGAGGUUACAUAUUGUUAGACCUUCACGCGGACUCUGCGGAGGAUCUGGGAACUAAAACGAUGCGACGAGCAAAUGAUCCGCACAGUUCGUUUCUAGUGCUAGCUACGUAGCUAAGCUAGCUUCCCUGGUGGAGCCUGACAACUAAACUUAAUGGAACACCUUGAGCAGACGAAACUGAGCAUUAAAGUAAAUGCAGCACCUUAGAUGCAGCUCUGUCUGCUAGAGCCGGACCACUGAGCUAACAUAGUUUACAGAUCAGAUUCUGCCACCUGAAGUGAAUGCAAGACUUUAAAGAGAGCCCUAAGACCCCAUGGUGUCGUGUUGACACGCAGACUGUAAUCUGGGCUUCCGUAGUUUGAGCAUAAAAUGUGGCUGCAACAGAGACUGAAGGGCUUCCCGGGCUUGUUGUCCAGCAGCUGGGCGCGGAGGCUCCUCAUCGGGCUGCUCCUCUUCCUCAUCUUCUACUGGUACCUGGGGGCAGAGCGCAGGUGGAGUUUCCUGGGCGGCUCCUCGGUGCCCGGAGGAGCAGCAGGGGAAUGCCUCCAGACUGAGAUCCACAUGUGGAGGUCUAUCGUGGAGCGAGGAGAGGGGAUCUACAAAUCCCCCGAGGAGCCGCUUGACACACCUUUCGUGACCGGAAACGGCCAUAUUCUGAUCGAUAUAGACUCUAACGGGUUGUGGGUGGCAUCUUCCACGCAGCCCGGCUCUGCCCCGGUCCAUCAGACCGAACACGCACCUAGGAUCGGGGUUCAUCUGAUGGGCGAGCGGGCCGAGGCUCGGGCUACCAUGCUGCGCUUCCGGAAGGGAGCCGUUCUCUCGGUCCGGUGCGCCUCACCCGCCGCGGUCCAGUCCCCAAGGGACUGCGUCUCCAUCCGGGAGGAGUUUAUCGCACAUCGGAGCCGACCCAACGUAUUCCUUCAACGGAUCCACAUCAACAACCCCUCAGACCGACCCGCUCCAGUGGAGAUCUCAGCCAGCAGCCCGGCUCCAAAGAGCAGGUUCUCCUCCAGUACCGACAUGGUGGGUGACGGGGAGGUGGAGCUUUCCUCCGGGACGGUGCAGGUGGAGAACAACCAGGUAGUGAUGGUGGUGGUGGUCACCAGAAAGCUGAAGAGCAGGUUUCAGGUCCCUGCCAAAUCUGAAUACUCUGACAACAUCCUGUCUGUGGUGUGGACCUCUGAGCCCAUUGAGUCCUCCAAGCUGGAGGGGACUUUUAGUAAGCUGAGGGAUGGAGCCAAGAAGGAGAUGGAGGAGCUUGUCAGGGUGGAUGUGAACGACCUGGUUCAGGACCACCAGCAGGCCUGGAAUGACCUUUUCUUCUCAGGUGUUGAAAUGAGAAAGAUCACGGACUCCCACACCCCGUCUGGCCGCACCGUGAACAACACCCUGUACUACAUCCUGUCCUCAUCCAUGGCUCCCCUGCUGGACCGGCGGCUGAGUGGCGAAGAGCGCGCGCGUCUCGAGUCCAGCCUGAACUAUGCCGAUCACUGUUUCAGCGGCCAUGCAACCAUGCACGCUGAGAACCUGUGGCCUGAGCGGGUGAGCAGCACCGCCCAGAUCCUGCAGCUGGUCACCCUGUGGACUCUGACCCUGCAGAAGAGAGGUUGCAAGGUGCUGGUGGCUGCUGGCGCCCAUGGAGCCAUGCAGGGCAUGGUGCUCAGCUUUGGCGGCCUCCAGUUCACAGAGAACCACCUUCAGUUCCAGGCCGAUCCAGACGUGCUGCACAACAGCUACGCCCUACGAGGGAUCCACUACAACCGGGACCUGAUCAACCUGGCCGUGCUGCUUGAUGGGGAGGGGAAGCCCUUCCUGCAUGUGUCGGUGAGGCAGCAGGAGACGCCGGUGAAGCUGUACGCCUGCGAGGCCGGCUGCCUGAACGAGCCGGUGGAACUGACGUCUGAGGUCAAAGGCCACACCUUCCCCGUCAUGGUCACCCAGCCCAUCACGCCGCUGCUCUACAUCUCCACCGACCUGCGCCACUUGCAGGACCUGCGCCACACCCUGCACCUCAAGGCCAUUUUGGCCCACGAGGAGCACAUGGCAAACCGGUACCCCGGUCUUCCCUUCCUCUUCUGGUUCAGCGUGGCGUCGCUCAUCACCCUCUUCCAUCUCUUCCUGUUUAAACUCAUCUACAAUGAGUACUGUGGCCCCGGCGCCAAGCCGCUCUUCAGGAGCAAGGUCUCCAGCAAAAGGGAAGACGACCACUUCGGCUCCUUGGAUGUUUCGUAGGCAUAGCUUCCGACCAUGGUUGCUAUUGUUGUGGACAUAUUUACAUGUUUUCUGUCAUUCAGCUCAGCUACUUUGUUUCAUAACAUCCGGCAUGGUGGAUUACCUCCUAGAAAUCAGCUGCUGCUUCCUGCUGUGAAACACGACACCAGCGCUGCUGCUUUAAGAAAAUACGUUAUUUUUUUAUUUAAUUCUUCGGUAGAAAACCCUGUUGGUUAAACCCCAUUAGGAGGGAAAAUAAUAUUUGCAGUUUAGCUGUUAACUGCUCCACAUCCGUUCCAUGUGAAGAUCGAUUUAAAGAAAUGAAUUGUGAGGUCAGUGCAGAUGUUUUGCAGCUUGUGAUGAGGUCAGCAUCUCUACACACCUUCCUCUGGCAUUUCGGCUCUUACUGUUUGACCCAAUGCUCCAGAAAUCCUGCAUUAGAACUGGCUUUGAUGGAUGCUUAAUUAAUCCAU